CAAACAACAUCGCUCAAUCUGAAAGAAAACACUGAACUGUUCGCGCAUUUGAGUUAUAGUUAUUGUUUGUUUUUGUCUUUAACUUUACAAUCGUUUGAAACGCUAUUGUUGAUAAUAUAUCAGCACUGAAAGAUUUAAUGUUUUAUUUUUUCAUUUUUCACGGUCGAAAUGAGGAAAGUUAACUAGCUAGCUUGCACUAACUAGCCUUCCCAUGUAGACUGAACGCCUUGAAUGGACCUCUCUAACUGAGUCCCAUCCUCAUUGUGGCUCCGGUUGAUUUUAAUUGCAGAGAACAUCUUAAUAAUCUCCUAAAGGGAGAGUCUGCCCUGUGAUUGAGCCAUGCCUACUGUUGUGUUGAUGGACGUGUCUCUGUCCAUGACCCGGCCCGUGUCUCUCGAUGGCAGCGAGGAGUUCCAGAGAAAGAACCUGGCCGUCCACGGACUUAACAUGCUGUUUGAACACAUGGCUUCGAACUACCGACUUGAAUUCACUGCACUGAUGGCAUUUUCUUCCCUCUGGGAGCUGCUAGUGCCUUUCACGAGAGAUUAUAACGCACUGCAGGAGGCACUUGGUAGCCUUGAAGACUAUGAUAAAACGUGUAUCGAAGCAGCUCUGAAUGGAGUCAAUAAUGUUGUUCAGCAGGAGUGGGGCAGUGGGUGUCCCUGUCAGGUGGUGCUUGUUACUGACGGAUCCCUUGGUAUUGGAAAGGGCUCUCUGCGGCACUCCCUCCAAACCUUAAAGCAUCGUGGAGAAGACAAGAAGUUCCCACUUCCUUUCCCUUUCCCUACAAAACUCUACAUCCUGUGCAUAGCAAAUUCAGAAGAGUUACAGAUGACCGAUGCUAUGGAUAAUCUGGAGCAUCUGCUUUGCCUCAGUGGAGGAGACGGUCAGAUCUUCACCAUGGAAGGUCCACUUUGCAUGAAGAGUGUACAAGCUAUGUUUGGGAGGUUGAUCGACCACGCGUACUCCCCCUUCCACGCGGUCCUGCACUGUGGGAACCUGUCGUCAGACGUUCAGGUGUUCCCUCGUCCUGAGCCUGUGGUGGUGGAUGAAGAAGUGGAGCCCAUGCCACGGGCGGUCAGCACAGAUCUGGAGAUUGUGGGCUUCAUUGAAAUUGCUGACAUUUCCAGCCCCCCUGUUAUAUCAAGGCACCUCGUGCUUCCUAUUGCUGUAAAUAAAGAUGUGGAUGAAGUCGGUGCAGCAGCCACAGAUGAGCUGGAGGAUGAACCUUCAGCGAGCCAAAUGGCCGGCAAAAGCCCAAACUUCUGUGUUCUUUUACACGGAAGUCUGAAAGUUGAGGGAAUGGUGGCACUGGUCCAGCUGGGACCGGAGUGGUUUGGGAUGCUGUACUCUCAAGCAGACAGCAAGAAGAAGUCCAACCUGAUGAUGUCUCUGUUUGAGCCUGGAUCAGAACCACUCCCUUGGCUCGGAAAGAUUUCCUAUUUAGGGCCAGUCUCAGAGGCUGCAGAGAAUCCAUACGGAGAGGAUGACAGCAAAAGCCCCUUUCCUGUGCAACCGCCAGCCAAACGGAGCUACGCUCAGAACGUCACUGUGUGGAUCAAGGCCAGCGGACUACAGGCGGAUGUGCAGAAGAUUCUGAGAAAUGCCAGGAAGUUACCAGAUAAAACUCAAACCUUCUAUAAGGAACUCAACCGAAUGCGGAAGGCUGCUUUGGCUUUUGGGUUCCUGGAGCUCUUAAAGGGCGUGGCGGACCUGCUGGAGAGGGAGUGCACCCUCCUGCCGGACUCGGCUCAUCCGGACGCCGCUUUCCAGCUCUCCCACGCAGCACAGCAGCUCAAACUCGCCAGCACCGGCGACUCCCAGUACGCCGACUUUGACCACAACAUCGUUCCCAUGCACACAGACUUCUCCAGCUGAGGGAACUUCUCACUUCCAUGAACACUGAAGGUUCUGCUCAAUCUGGAUGGAGUGGGACGGUACCGAGAGGAUCCAAAGGACGAUGAGACUAUAAUUUUUUUGUUUAUUCAAGAAAUGUUUGACACAUCAUUCAAAUUUAAUUCUCAUUCAUAUAUUCACAGAAAACAGAUUUUUGUCUUCAAAAUUGACUUUUAAAACAAACAAGUCCACUGAGUGAGAAAGUUUUUAAUAAUAAAAUUAGAAGAAAUAAUUCUUUAACCGUAGCUUUUUCCCUGAGCUUCAUGGGACAGUUCUGAAAGAAUGCAACAUUUUGAAUCUAAUGCAAGCAUGAAAAGGAAACCCAGUAUCUUCUAGAUCAAGUUCUGUGGUUUCUGACUUGAAAUAAUUCUGAAAAAUGACUCUGUAGUUCAGAAAAAGCGGCCUUAUCUUUAGGGUCACGGGGCUUUUGCAUAUCAAAAGGAGAGAGACAACAAGCAUGCCAUAGAAAGGAAAUCAUUUUUGUUCAAGUACAUGUCAUUUAAUCAGACAGUUGUUUGUGAAUGUGAGGACGUUGAGAGUUCAGAAAUGAGCAGGCAGCAGAGGUGUCUGAGGAAUGUGGUUGAGCUCAAUUGGCUUUCCUCUUUUUGGUGCGGAAACGCCUCUUCCUCUGCUUGUAAAGAUGACGGAAGUUGAUAAAAAGCCC